CUUCUCAGUCUCAGGGUCACGUGCGCAGUGUCAGUGCAGUUGGAGAGACUGGUGGAGUUUAAAGCGUUAAUUAAAGCGUGUUUAUUGAUUUGUUUGUUUGUGUUUAGGAGUUUAUUGCGGCGGAAGUUUGUCCGCCUGCGCGCGCCGGUGUGUGUGUGUGUGUGUAUUAUGCGCGUGGCCCUCCUCCGGUUGAGCGCGACCGCAUGCCGCCUGCUGGAGUUCCCGCGAGUCUGCGCCGCUCUGAGCGGGUUUAGCUCUCACAUGGACGCCGCAGCCCCGGACGCGGGCAGGAACCGGAAACCAAAGCCGCCCAAGGACACGCUGCGGCACGUGCGCUCCAGAGAGAGCCGCAAGCACGCGGACCUGCACGGGCCGUCCACCGUGUACGUGCAGGCGGUGGGCGCGGGGGCGCGCGAGAACGGCGCCUCCCUGUACGUCUUCUCCGAGUACAACCGCUAUCUGUUUAACUGUGGAGAGGGAACACAGAGACUGAUGCAGGAACACAAACUGAGAGCUGCUCGUCUGGACAACAUCUUCCUGACUCGCAUGAGCUGGGACACAGUAGGAGGACUUUCAGGAAUGAUUCUCACGCUGAAGGACACUGGAGUCCCUGAGUGUGUCAUGUCCGGACCUCCACAACUGGAGAAAUAUCUGAACGCUAUCCAAGUCUUCUCCGGGCCGCUGGACGACAUCAGACUUUCAGUGAGACCGUACACUGAGCACGAGUACAAAGACGACACCAUGACCGUCUGCCAAGUGCCCUUAUUCGCUGAGCAGAGUUCACAGCGGACGAGGCAUAGCAGUGGUGGGCGUGGCCAGCGGAAGGAGCUGUGGCAGACAGAUGAGUGUGAGGAAAGAGAGAAUGAUGGCUCAGAAAGUCCUGAGUGCAGAGCGAGGAGCACACGGGACCCCUCGCUGGUGGUGGCGUACGUGUGUAAGCUCCACCCAAAAAAAGGUAACUUCCUGGUGCACAAAGCCAAAGAGCUGGGACUUCCUGUGGGAACGGCGGCCAUCGGACCGCUCAUAUCCGCCUUAAAGGACGGGAAAACCAUCACCUACGAAGGCAAGGAGAUCCAGCCAGAUGAAGUGUGCACUCCAGCCGAUCCGGGCCCCGUGUUCCUGGUGAUCGACUGCCCCUCUGAAGAGUUUGUUCAGCCGUUAUGCGCCAAUCAGAUUCUCGCAAGGUAUCAGAGCGGGGGUUCGGAGAGCAGCGCCGCCCUGGUGGUGCACAUGACCCCAGAGUCUGUGCUGAAGAUGCCGGAGUACCAGUGUUGGAUGGAGAGGUUCUCCUGCAGUACGGAGCACCUGAUCAUGAACGAGCAGGUCUCCACCAUCCACAACGUCCGCAGCCACAAGAUCCAAACGCAGCUGAACCUGAUCCACUCGGACGUCUUCCCCGAGCUGCAGCACUUCACCUCCAAGGAGUCUCAGGCUGCACUGCACGUUCCCAACAUCAGAGCGGAGUGUCUGCUCAAGUUCCAGCUCCGACCCAAAGCAGAGUGGCAGCGUGAUGCCAUCCCCACCUGUGACAGAGAGGAAUUCAUUAAGGAGGCGGCGGAGGUGCCGAAUUUCCUGCAGGAAGUGGAGGAGUGUAAACACUUCCAGACCACGGACUCGGCCGUUCUGUCCGGUAAAGUAGAUCGAUACCCUGAGGUGGUGUUUUUGGGGACAGGGUCAGCUCUGCCCAUGAAGAUCAGGAAUGUCAGCGGCACUCUGGUUAACAUCAGCUCCACCCAGUCUCUGCUGUUGGACUGUGGAGAAGGCACGUUCGGACAGUUGUGUCGUCAGUACGGUAACGGAGUGGAUGAAAUGCUGGCCAAGUUGUCCACAGUGUUUGUGUCUCAUAUCCAUGCUGAUCAUCACACGGGAUUAAUUAACCUGCUGCUGCAGAGAGAGCGAGCUCUGAGGACCAUGGGUAAAGCCUUUACUCCCAUCUAUCUGGUAGCUCCUGCUCAGAUCAUGACGUGGCUCAAUCAGUACCACGACCACUGCCAGGAGAUCCUCAGCCAUGUCAACUUCAUCCCAGCGAAGUGUUUGUGUGAGGGAGCUGAAGUUCCCAAGUUCAAGACCAAAUCCUUCAUUCAGGCUCUGCUGAAGAGGAACGACCUCGCUAAGUUUCAGACGUGUUUGGUGCGGCACUGUAAGAACGCCUACGCCUGCAGUUUGACCCAUCAGUCUGGCUGGCAGCUCGUCUUCUCAGGAGACACCAUGCCAUGUGACACACUCGCACAGAUGGGAAAGAAUGCAACGUUGCUAAUCCAUGAGGCAACACUGGAGGAUGGCAUGGAAGAGGAGGCCAUAGACAAAAGACACAGUACGACAUCUCAGGCCAUCGGUAUUGGGAUGAGUAUGAACGCGGAGUUCAUCAUGUUGACCCACUUCAGUCAGAGAUACGCCAAGAUCCCGCUGUUCAGCUCCGACUUUAACCAGCGCGUGGGCAUCGCCUUCGACCACAUGAGAAUCCGGUUCGGAGAUUUCCGGAUUCUCCCGCGCCUCUUAGCGCCUCUGAAGGUUCUGUUUGCUGAGGAGAUCGAGGAAAUGGAAGAGAGGAGGGAACGGAGAGAGCUUAGGGCGGGAAAGAGUGUGUGGGUGGAGCCCAAUGGCCAGACCGGAGAAGGGGGAGGAGCGAAACGAGAGAAGGAGGAUCCUGACCAGGAAACGGCCUCCAAAAGGAUGAAGGCCAACUGAACUAGCGUGGGGGAAGAGCGCGGAAUAAGAUUCAGCUAAUAAUCAUAAGAGCUGGAUUAGUGAAGGUGCAAGCAUUAGAGAUGAUAAACAAGCUGUGGAUGUUCUGUAUACUGAGUGACGAUUAUGACGGACUGAUCUGUAGUAUGUUUAGUUUACUGACUAAUUUAUAUUUUCUGGACCUUGCAUUGGGUUAUGUAUGUAUAUACAGCAGACGGACAUCUGUUUUAUUUUUUAAAUAAUAAACCCCUUCAUCUGGGUUGGAGAACAUGAUGGUGUUUUUGCAGUGGCCUGUCAUGUCACUUUUUUUUGUUUUACCUGGAGACACUACCUGGGAAUAAAGGCAGAUGUGUACUGUA